CAUGGCAUAUAUGAAAUCUGUGAUCUUGAUUUUCCAUCAGAUGAUAGAGAUGAAAGCCUCUCCUCUCUUGCCAAAAGUUCUCGGCUCCCACAAGCAAAUCAAAUCGCAAUGCCCAGUUCGAUCUGAUCUUGAUGACAUUAAGCGAAAGGUCCUUGAAAUCGAGCUCGAGUUCAAGGACACUGAUUUGACAGAUGAGGCAAAGCAGAGAUUGCUCGAAUUAGAAGAGGAGUUUAAAAGAUUAGAUCAAAAAUGGAUGAAGGACAUGACAAAAGCUGGGAACCUUGAUGCAAUCUUCAUUAAUAAUAUGAAUUUCAGCGUGGAGACCCUAAAGAAAGAUGUACGAUAUAUCUAGAUCUAUAUAUAGGUUGGAUUAUC